AUUAUAUGAAAGUUCAUAAGCUGUCAACCUUUGCCAAGCCAUUAAGAAUGGGAACCAUAGAGAUGACUGGGUCUCUCUCCAAUAUCUUUGAGAGCAUCAAAAACAAAGCCAAAUAAGAUAAUUGAAGACCAAAGUAGUGACCCAAAAGAAUGUCCAAGCUCUAGUUCAAGAACAUUGCGUGGGAAGAAGCACCCUGCGAUAGAAAUGCUGACCAGGCGCAAGAAAGAGGCCACCCAGUACUACACAAUGAGGCUCAUCAUUGAUAAUAUUUACUUUAAUAAGUGCUAUGCACCGACUAAUGAUUACAUAAAGCAUAUCCUUCAGAAAGAAGAAGAGAGUCGGAAUCUAUUUGACCUCCGAGCUAUUAGCUUAAAGCUCGAUAAAAACAAAUUCUUUCAAAAGCUCAGGCUGAAUGGAGACCAUGACGCUGUAAUAAACUGAUACAAGAAGUUAACUUAUUCCCGAGUAGACCAGCGAGAUAAGGAGGUAGUAAAAUUCGGCACACAUGGAAGUUACUUCUAUAUCAUUUUGAAAGGAAUCGUCUCUGUGUAUGUGCCUAACUCUUGAAAUGUCCAGCUGAAUAUUAUUGAGUAUUACAAACUUCUGAGCGAGUACUCAGACAUGAUCCUCUCCAUCGAUGGUGAAGAGACAUGGAACCUCCCGGUAAUCUCAAACCAUCUCAAGGAGAAUGCUGAGUCUAUGAGCUUGGGUAGGAUAGUUGCUAAACUGGAUCGAAACGAGAAGCUGCUCGUUGAAAAUCCCGAUCUGUCCCAGACGCCUCUCAACAAAAGUUUGAAGAAUAAGAGUAAGGCGUACAAUUUCCAAAACCUAGCCAUUAUGAAUAACAUGAAUUCAAAAAUAAAAUCUACAGUAGAGGGGAAAACACUAAAGAUAGAGAACUACAACAUCAAAUAUUUGAAGAAAGCCUGUGAACUCAAAGAGGGAGAUAGUUUUGGAGACCUCUCCUUGAUCUACAACAAGCCCAGGCUUGCUACCAUCAAGACAGUGACUCCUGUAGAAUUCGCUCUACUGAGUAAAGAGCAGUACGAUUCGACUUUAAAAGCCCUAGAACAACAGAAGAUUGACAAGAAGAUAGAAGAACUUGACUGAAUUGCCUUCUUCAAAGAGUAUUCUAGAGCUUUCAAGUCAAGGCUAUUAUACGCUGUGGAUAUCUGCGAUUUCCACAAGGGCCAAGUAGUCUUCAAAGAAGGCAUGAAAGAUAACAAGAUAUACUUCAUCAUCAAAGGCGAAUUCGAAGUAUCUAAAUAACAUCACUGUGCAUUCAGACCCAAGAUUGCCCCUGUUUGAGUAUAAGCUGCUUGAACCUGACACAGAAGCGAAGAAGAAGCAUUACCAGUUCUUCACAGAGAAUGUAAACCUCGUAGCUGGAGUAAACUCUAGAGAGAUCGAUGAAGUCAGGAGAUUCAUGGAUAAAAGGACCAACAGGAAUCUGGUCGUCAGAAGAGUCUCAGAUAGAGACACCCUUGGUCUUGAGGAGGUCCUCAUGAAGAGCCCAGAGAGAUUCCUGAAUGCUAAAUGAAUUAGUAAGAAAGCUCGGAUUAUCUCUAUUGAGGGAGAAGCUCUGUUUACUAAAAUCAAAAGACCAGAUAUUAUAGAAAUGCUUGAAGAUAUUAAUAUGAAAAAGCUCCAGAUGCUCUCGAAAAGCCUUGAGACAUUCAUAAAUCAUUUGAAAGAGAGAAAGGAAACUCAAAGGCAUGAUCAAAUAAUGGAUAGACUGGAGUAUUUAGAGCCAAUGAUGACAGAUAUAUACCUUCAAAACGACAAAUAAAUUAGAGGCUCAUCAUAUUCAGACUCUAACUAAGAAGUCUAUAGCACUUAAAAGAUCUAAGUUAUCCACUCCUUUAGCACUGACCAGUCCUCAGAAUCCUUUCCAGAAUUCAUUCCUUAAGUCAACACGUUCCUCAGCAGGGCAAGUUAGCAAGAUCAAAAAUUCAAAAUCUAAAAAGCCCAAAGCAGCUGGCAGUGCCACCAGCCGUUCUUGUAUGCCAAACUGGCAUAAAAGAGCUAACUCUACCGCUAAUUUUAGCACUAUGAACCAACCAACAAUCACCAAGAAGCCUCAAAAGAGCAAUAGCAGGAGCAAAUUAUCUAAAAGAUCUACUAACCGCAAGAAAAUCGUCGUCAAGCCUAUUGAGAAAUGGGAUUAUACUGAAGUCUUCAAAAACUGGGAUAAACAAGGCAUUGACCCAAUUGAGCCAACUUCAGAGUUAGAAAUUCAUUCAGCUCGUAUCGUAAACAUUGACAAUGAAGUGUCCAUGUUCAACGAUAACAGUCACUUCAAGAAGAAGGUUGACAAGAUGCAGCCAUACCUUGGAGGCCAUAAAGAAGAUGAAUACAAGCGCCUCUGCAGGAUUUAUAAAGAUGAACUUGAGAAGGAAGACCAUCUCCAGAAAUGCAGCCUGAUCAGGAACAAGUACCCUACCCUCCUUGAAAAGAAGAAGCAUCGGACUGUGAGCAACAUCAAGUUUGGAAAGAAGAGCAAGAUUAGAAAAUAAGAAGAACCCAAAGGGAUGUUACAGACCAACCAGUGCCUUGACCUCUAUUCCUAAGCAGCAUCAAGAGUUUAUGACUGAAGGCCAAAAAUUAGAAAUCUCCCAACUCUCUUUAAAAAGCUCUGGACUAAAGCCGACAAGUUCUUCAAGAGGAACUCUGACACAGAAGAGGAAUUCCUGCUUCGCCACUACCAAUCACUCCAAAAAGGAGUCGCCUGACAGCUCGAUAAAGAAACUUAAUGAGAAGUAUACACUGCAUAGUAUAUUCCAGAGCGACAUUGAGAGAAUAGUUGACAAUAAUAACAUCGAAAGAAUCUCUAUUGCUAAAAGAAGCUUAAUCCGACCCAGAAGUAGCCUGAGUCAGAGAACCAUGGUGAGGCAGAGAAAGACAUAUGAGGUGUCCAAGAACCAUCUCAAUCCUGUUGUGAAGCCGAAGUUAGUCAAGAAGACUGAGUUCCUCAGUAUCGACUAUAAGAAGAAUAAGAUACACCAAAUGUCUUCGAAUAAUUUCUUAUAAAAUUCAAAUCGCCUUUUAU